ACAGACAUUUCAGUGUUUAAAUCCCUCUCUUUUGUUCAUUCUGUAAACAUUUGGUCUCUAACUAGAUAUAAACCAGUCCUAACUUUUUAACAUUGUAGGUCAUUAACUCUUUUAGAAACCACCAGUAUUGUAUUGUAUUUAACAUUGUAGGUCAUUAACGCUUUUAGAAACCACCAGUAUCAUUAACCUCAAUUAUGUUUUUACCUUUAUAAUGCUGCAUAAUUUUUUUUCCCAUGAUAACCAGUAACUAUUUAAACCCUCUAUUUGUGCCACAGAUUCCUAUAUAAAUGGUUUUGCAGCUUUAAGAACACAAAACAAACCUUCUUUUUCCCAUUUUUUUGUGUGUAUGUGCCGUUGCAAACUUUAUUUUUACAUUGCACUGAAUAAUUCCACAAUACAUGAUUUUAAAGAGAGAUUGAAUAAUAGUAAACAUCGAGACAGGACUGUAGUUUUCCCAGCUGCUCCUCCCGUAAACCACAGCUAGGUAGAUACAUUAGGUGGACAUUAAAGAACAGACGUAGAAGAAGAGGAACGAUAUUGAACUGGUGUCUCCAUUGAUCAGUGAACCCAGGAGCUGAGAUUAAGUCAUCAUUUUCUGGGCACUUCUUCACCUUGGAGUUGUGGAAGAAUAUUGUGUUUGGCAAGAUUACUCAUUGAUAAGUCACAUUUGAAAAUAGUCUUUCUAAUUCAGUGUUAACUAUUUUUCAUUAUUAACCAUUAAAGUAAAUCAAAAUUUUUAACCUUGCAUAAAAAAAAGUCUUUUAAUCCCCAUGUUAACUAUUUUUCACCAUUAACCAUUAUAGUAAAGCAAAAUUUUUAACCUUGCAUAAAAAAAAACACUUUCAAAUCCUGUGUUAACUAUUUUUUAUCAUUAACCCUUAAAAUAAAGCAAAAUUUUAACCUUGCAUGACCUAAAUUCUAAACCCUUCUGGAACUAUGAGAGCCAACACAUUUAACCUAUUAAUUUUGAACUGCUGUCACAUGUUAUCAUAGAGCCAAGAAACAGAUUAGGUCAAGUCAGUUCUUGGGCACAUCUUCACCUUGGUGUUGUGAAAGAAUGUGUGUGUGUGUGUCAAGACUGCUCAUAAACACCUCACAUUAAUAUUCUGAGGCAGGUGCUCUAGGUGGUGUGAGUAUCAUGUGUGUGUGUGUGUGUGUGUGUGUGUAGUGUUGAGUGAGCCUGCCUGUGUGCUGUGUGCUGGUGCUCUUGCCUCUCCUCUGCUACUUAAUGAUGACAAUAAUACAGUUUAUUUUGUAUGUGAAUAAUUCAGCAGGACAACCACCAGGUAUCCUAAGCAUCCUGGGAACUAAUCAUUGGCAGAGCGGUGUGUGAGCCUCACCAGUAAGCAGCAAGCACAGAGAAGGCAAGGGACAGGACCACUGAGUACCUUGGUGAAUGAGAGGUGAUGGAGAGGAGGGGAGGGCCAGGCCACACCUGCCUCCUGCCGACCCCAUGCACCCAGUGGCCACCCCUGCUGGACAGACAGAGUGGUCAUGGUGGCAGGGCAGUGUGGUGACUCCCCACUCCUGCGUGCGCUGCCAGUCCACUCACACGCACACGGGUACACACGGCUGAGCGCACGCCAACCCCACAGAGGUGUGCCGUGAGCGCCGGCCCGCUGGAGGCCUCCAAGGAGAGGAGGAUGGCACGGGCCAAGAAGAAGGUGACCUGCCAGGACUGCGACCGCACCUUCAGCCGCAAGGGGGAGCUGCAGCAGCACCGGCGGGAGGAGCACAGCCGCCGCAACAUGUGUCCCAUCUGUAAGCGCGCCUUUGAGUCCGAGAAGCGGCUUAAGAUGCACUCCCAGUUUCACAAUGUGGACGGGGAGUACAAGUGCUUCUACUGCCCAAAGCGGUUCAACAAGGCGUGGAAGAUGAAGAUCCACCUGGUGAACCACAGUGGCAGGCCGUCCUACGUGUGCGAGUUCUGUGGUGACGACUUCCUGUACCCCGGCAAGAUCGUGGCGCACCUCAAGCUCAUGCACGAUGUGUGCUAUGCCUGCAAGGACUGUGGCCGUGCCAUCCCCAUCGAGUACAGCCACCGGCCACACAAGUGCAAGAUCUAUGGCUGCAAGGACUGCCUCAUGGCUUAUGCCACCGCUGAGGAGCUGGCCCUGCACACCAGCGAUCUGCACCGCGACCAGUGCUCCUCGUCUGUCUGUGUGCCCGAUGUGGAGUCCGCAUCCCCCUCGCCACCCCGGGACCCCCCACAUGACCCAUUCCAGGGCGCCUCCCCCGGCAGCGGUGACACAGAGGAAGAUGAGUGCGACCGCCUGGAGUGUGACUUGGUGGUGGUGGAGGAGGCAGGUGCCGGCAGGGCUGCCCCGGGGACCGGGCUCAAGGUGGCAGGGGACAGAAUGAGUGGGGCGGCCCAGCAGGCGGCCUGUGUAUCCCCGCUUCACCUGCAGGGUAGUGACAGUUCCUGGAGAGGCAGCCCCGGCCCUGGUGUGCGUGAGGGGCCCCGUGAUGCCAUGCCACGGGUGACUGACCCAGACCAGAGGCUGUCCCGGGAUGUGCUGGUGAGCCCCAGUCCGCCUGGUACCCCAGCCAGGUGCCUGGAUGACAGUGGCGUGAGAGACACGAGUGACUUGACUCUGCUGGUGCGGGGACACCGCGCCCCGGCUAACACGUCUGUGAUAAAGAGUGAGGAGGAGGAGGACGAAGAGGACGAGGAGGAGGAGGAUGAGGAAGAGGAGAGUCUGCCUCCCUCAUACAUCUCCUCUGUGCUGCUGCGGUCGCCCACUAGCGGCCUGAGCAGCAGGUUCAAGGUGCCCGAGUCGUCCCCCGGACUCUGGAAGAAGCUGGAGUCUCCCGCGGCACGGUCGCUGCGGCGCAAGCAGGACGAGCUGGACCGGGCCAGCAGGAGGGGCGACCUGCUCGACACGCUGCAGCUGUACGCCGACACGGAUGCUCGGCUCACGCAGCGCUGCCAGACGUCCUUUGAGUCAUGGCUGGCCAGCGACUCCUUCUCCGCCCCAGAGCACGACUACGUGUUUGGGUUUGAGGCGAGCGUGUCGGUGGGCCGGCGCCACGAGGACCACCACUACCACCACUACCACUACUUCAACAAGAAGCUACCGGCCAAAGAGAAGGUGGACAUGACCUUCGAGGACCUGUGUCUCUUCUGAGGGAGGUGAGACGUGGAGCUUCUCACUGUUGCUGCUGCUGAGGCUAGGCAUGAGUGGGCUGACUGGUGGGCUGACUGAUUGAUGGGUUGAUGGGUUUUCUUGGCCAAGGGGAAAGUGGAUGUGACUUUUGGUGACCUGAGUCUCCUCUAAAGCAGGCAGGUCAGCUUCUCACCGCUGCUGCCGCUAAGGUCAGGAACAGGUUGAUGUGUUGAUGGGUUUUCUGGAACAUCUUCUUCACGUGCCACAGUUUCCGUUUGAGUUUCUUCCGCUGAGAGAGAGAGAGAGAGAGAGAGAGAAAAUAGAAUAAUAUAUACCUGAUAUACAUAUUAUUUAUUUAAUUUAUAAGAUACAUACUAUGAGCUUUAUCUUUUUUUGCUACAAGGAAAAUUAUGUACGUACCUAUGCCAGGCGGCCCAGGCAAGUGGCGGGCCUCUCGGGUAGACUGUUGAUCCUGUGGCGAUCUUGUGGCGGGAAUACUGAGGCAGCUUUUGUUCCUGCAAUGAAGGAAGUUUGUAGAGUCACAUCUGUUUCACUCUGCUGAUUAGAAGUGGUUUUCUGGUCAGUAAUACGCUAUAAUUCUUUGAUAUGUAUGUGUUGGUGCUGCUGCUGCUCAGUAUCUUUCAUAACCUAACCUAGGCUAACCUUGCACACUCUCUUAUGUGGUAUUUAAAACAGUUGUGAGAGCGGUUAUGAUUCUUUGUCAUAUUAGGUCAUUAUUGCUGCUGCUCGUUAUCUUGCUUAACUGAACCCAAUGUAAUCUUAUAAUUCUGUGCUAUACGUGUCAUUACUUGUGUUGUUCGUUAUCUCUCUUAACCCAUCUUAACAACCUAACUCAAUCUUACUUAACUUAACCUAACCUUGUACAAUCUUUGAUCUAAUUCUAAAAAAAAAAAUGAAAGCACUGGUGAUAACAUUGUAAUUCUUUGUUAUCUAUGUGUCAUCAUUGCUUCUGCUCUGCUUUCUUUAUCAAUACUUGUACAAUCCUUUAUCUAAUUAUAAAAAAAAUGCAAAAAGCACAGCAGAUACAUAAAGAUAAAGACAAUACAGUGUUGCCAGAAAACACAUGAUUUAGUCUGGCAGAGUGAAACAGGCAUGAUUUUGGAACAACACAGCUUUUGGUACUGACAGAAGGGGAGUAGUUACACCAUUCCCCACUCUGACAGGAGGGAAAAUACUGCUAGCCAUGUACGCAUGUCAAGUCCAAUCGUUUCCCUAUACACCAGUAUUGGCCGACGACGCACGAGUCACCACUGUUCGCCCCAUGUGUGUGUGUGCGUGCGUUAGUGUCUGGAGUAGCUGAGUCUCUGAUCUUUUCCUCACAGUGGUGCUAGGUAUGGAAGAACGCUCUAUAUAUAUGCAAGCAGACGUCAGGGCUCUUAGGUAAGGUGUGGGUGGGGUGUGGGGUGUACUUUUAGUCCUAGGAAGGAGGAAGGGUGAUGCUGGAAGUACAACUGAAGUGACUAACAGGAGUGGAAGUGUCUGUGCAUUGAGGCAGCACAGGGAAACAAGACACCUUCAGCUGUUGUUUUGAUCUGUUUGGAUGAGGAGCUUACUUCACUCUUUCGUUGCUGGUUCGCGUGUUUUGUGAUCAUUUAGUUUUAUUUUAUUAUUUUUAUUUAUUCAUUUAUUUUAUUUAUUUAUUUAUUUUUUUUUGGUAGUUGUGUUUGCUUGGUAUUUUAGAGAAAACAACGUUUUCUGUUUGUGUGUGUGUUUUUGAUACUUUAGUGUGACAACCUAGAAAAAAACUCAAUUCUCUUCAUAUUCUUUUCCUUUCCUGCUGCUCUUUUUCUAUAACAGUUUAGGAAAGACAAAAUUUUCCUCCUGCUCUUUUUUUUUGUAAACUUUUUGAUACCAAACCUGACGUAAUUUAAUCUAACAUAACCAGAAGCACCCCAAGAGUAGCCAAGGAUUCUGGUUUUCCUGUGCUGCCUGUGUCGACAUCAAGGAUUCACGUGGCAUUUUUGUAAAUACUACCUCCAUUGUAACGUGUCAAUUCAGGGCCAAGGGAGUGGCACUCGUCUGGCCGAGGAGUGUGGUCGGGUACCCUUAAUGCAUUUCAGUGUAAGACUUGCACUCAGGACUGUAUUCUGAAACACUUCUGCACUGCAACUACUUUUCAAAGGCUCUAGGUGAAAUUAUGGGUUUUCAUGAGUGUUUUUAUGGUUCUAGUGACAGAUUAAGAAGAUUUUUACGUUAUUAACAGGAGAAACACACUUGAGAACCUGGCUGACCACGCCUUUGAAGGUAGUCAUGGUGAGAGAGCGAAGUGUUUCAGAGUGCAGUCCUCACACACUGUAGUAGCAAAUCCCCAACUCGCACAGAUGGGAGUAGUGAGGAUCGGCUGUAUUCAUAUCUGUUUACGUGUUCUUCAGUGCUGUUCCUAAGACUGUAUGCAAUAAUGUUUUGCCUGCAUAGCUGUACCUUUAAGACUGUUAGCUGUAGAUCAUAAUGUCCUGGAUGCUCACCAAUAUCCCAGCUGCCGUGGAGACACUGUAUUUUUGAUGUCUUGACUGCUGUAGCAAUACGUGGGUGGGAGGGGGGGAAGGGAUGCAUGCCUCAGACUCUGGAAAGGUCAUUGUGGCACUCUUGGCUAGGCAGUGCAGAGGCCAGGCUCUUUGACACUGAGUAGAGGAGGCACUGUUAAAUAUUUAGAGGGUUACUGUUACACCCUCAGCUAAAGACUGCGCUAGUGGAGAGGGCAGUGUUAAAAAUUUAGAGGAUUCUUGUGCCACUCUCAGCUAAACAGUGCACUGGCCAGGCUCUGUAGGGCACUGGUAGAGGAGGCAUUGUUAAAAAUUUAGAGGGUUGUUGUUACACCCUCAGCAAAAGAGUGCACAGGUAGAGGAGGGAAAUGUUCAAAAUCUCCCACUUUAUCCUGCAGUUUAAGUCUUUCAUAUUACUGUACUAAGCAUCAUUAGCUAAGGAGGCAGCGGCAGCCAGCACGCUCACCACUCACAGCCGCCCGCACCAAAUUGUCCAUUGUGCAAGUGGAAGGCAAAAUUAUUAGGUACAAAUAACCACUAGUGUAGCCGUCGCACUGAGGAUGCUGUGCCCCUGCGUGUGUGUGGCCAGCUGGGGACACCCACUGCUGCAGGGCGUCCCGGAGGCUGCUGUAACAAAUCUCAAAAUAGAGGAAUAAGUUGUGUUAUUGCUGUCUGUGUAUAUGCAUUGCUUUGUGGACUAGAGACACUUAAGAGGCACAAAGAGGUAUUGAAAGGUACUGAGGGAUUUUGAGAGGUACUUAGAGGUAUUGACACGUUCUGAGACAUUCACAGUUCCAUAUAUAAGCCAAAACACAGCAGCAGAUCUUUAUUUCUCUAACAUUACAACACUGAGUCUUCCCCCACUGUCCCCUCUCUGCAGAAGACUCUCUGUCAAAAUGUUAGAGAAGAUAAAAUCCCAUGUUGUGCCAGAUUUCAGUACCCCAGAGGAAGGAACCUUUGUUUGUAACCUUAUUUUCCAUCGCUGAGUGUUUUGUUCCCCAGCACACUUGUUUGUCAUCAUUCAUUCACUGGUGUUUUUCCUGCAUUGAUCAACUGACUGAUUUCGUGGUGUUUUUGUUGUCGUAGUUUAUAUUCUGUUUGCGUUAAGGAUGAUCUAGUCUGGUGGUGGCAUUGUACGAUUGUGUGUUAAGUUAGCUGCGCACUAAGGAAUGAUUUAGAUUAGCGCUAUGUUGUGUGAGAGAGAGAGAGAGGAGUGAGUGGCAGAUGGAAGGUAUAGGAAUGUAGGGUACAGAGAGAGAGAGAGAGAGAGAGAGAGAGAGAGAGAGAGAGAGAGAGAGAGAGAGGGGUAGGUAUCUUGCAUAUUAGAUCAGUUUGUGUUGUUUUGAAGGAGUAAACAUUAAUUAUGGGACUGCAGGGUUAAGAGAGAGAGGUGUUCUGCAUAGGAGGUCUGUCUGUGUUAUUUUGAAGGAGGUCAACAGGAAUCAUGGGACUGCAGGAUUAAGAGUGAGGUAUUCUGCAUAGGAGUUCAAUUUGUUUUAUUUUGAAGGAGUAAACAUGAAUUUUGGGACUGCAGGGUUAAGAGAGAGGUGUUCUGCAUAGGAGUUGAACUAUUUUAUUUUGAAGGAGGAGCAUGGAUAGGAAUAUGUUAUGAACAGCCCUUAUUUAAAGAUUUGAAAAUAUAAAUGGAGACUUCUUGGUAUUGCAGUCUGUCAGAAUUAACUUAGUAUGUGACACUCAUUUCCUCUGUUUACUAUUUUUACCAUUUUCCUGCUUGUUUUUACUAUGCUAGUCUUCAUCACCAUUUCCCUCUGACUUGAGAACACAAGGGAAGGUGCAAGAAGCCAUCAGGUCUACACGCAGCAGUCACUGUAUUAAAUAUGCACACCAAUCUCCACUUAUUAAUUUCUUCAUCCAUCACAUUGAAGCCGAGCCAAAAGGAAGUUAAUUUCUCUUCAUUGCUGUGGGGGAUAACGGGCAUUCAUGUGUGGGGCAUUAAUUGAAGAGGCAGGCCAGUGGUGACAUCCUUUCAUGGGCGGCCAGGAGUUAGGGACUGGUCGUGCUGUGAAGGGAAUGAGAGGAAUGAAGUAUUUUAUGAAGCACUACUAAUAAAAUACACCUCUAUUUCUUUCAGUAUUGGGUUAGUCUGCUUAUAUCCAGUACUAUGACUUUGUACAGGGAAUAUUGAGGUGUAGGUGGCCAGGAAUGCGUGACUGGCCGUGCUGUGAGGGAAGGAGGGGAAUGGAGUUUAUGAAGUACUAGUAAAACACCUCUGUCUCUUUCAGUAUUGGGUUAACCUAUUUACUUCUACUACUACUACUACUACUACUACUACUACUACUACUACUACUACUACUACUACUACUACUACUACUACUACUACUACUACUACUACUACUACUCUUAUUAUUAUUAUUACUAUUAUGUGUGGGAUGAAUAGAUAGGAGUUUUCAAUAGAUGGAAAUGAAUGAAGCUUGUACUAGUAAAAUCUUGUUUCAGUAUUGAAUUGAUCUGUUUACUACUACUACUACUACUACUACUACUACUACUACUACUACUACUACUACUACUACUACUACUACUACUACUACUACUAUGACGAUGAAUAGAAGGGAGUUUUUGAAUGCAAGAAAGUGGAUGCAACCUUAACACUCUCAGAGGAAAGAUAAAACCAGUGAUAAUAAUUUGUAAAGGCAGUGAAAUAGACACAAAUUAACACUUGUGGCAGAUUUUUUUAUUGAUUUGUGAUUAUUUCUGGUUUAUUGCACACUGUUGCUGGGACACGAGGUAUGUUUGUUGUAUACCUGCACUUCUUGAUAGGAAUUGAGUUGCAUGCGUAAAAAAAUAAAAGGAAAAAAUAGCUUAUUCAUUCUGCAGUAUUAUGAGGCAUUUAGUGUGUGUGUGUGUGUGUGUGUGUGUGUUAGUCACUAUUAGGUAUGUACCAUAGCUCAAACUUUGCACAGAUCAAAUAGGUGUUAUAUUGUGUGUGUGUGUGUGUGUGUGUGUAUUUUUUCCACCCCCGCUUUUUUUUUUUUUGUGUGUGUGUGUGUGUGUGUGUGUGAAGUAACUAUUUUUUCCCUUCCUCAAAUGUUUUCCCUUCUCAUUUACGUAUCAGGUGUACAUUUGGUUCCUCAGUGUGUAUAAACAUCAACAUUUUUCCUCGAUAUGACCAAAAAUAACUGACGAGAUCAACUUGUACUGCCGUCACGUGAAUGCUGCGUUUGUCUGUAUAUAAAUGUACCAGCACACGUGAUGAUAAGGCACCGUUUUUGUUACGUACUUAGACGAAACAUGUGUUACCUUCUGUUUACUUGUAUCUUUGUAAGUCUUGAUGCGCUGACAUAUAUAUAUAUAUAUAUAUAUAUAUAUAUAUAUAUACUAAACAUACAUUACUCUUUGUUUCCUUCUUUGACACAUUUUUGUAAGCAAGUCUUCAUUCACUGACUGUUACUAAGACAACACAUGCAUCACCUUGUUUUCCUGUUUUCCUGCACUAUGUCUUCCUUUUUUUCACUAUAACAGACCAAACUUGCAUCAUCUUGUUUUCCUGUUUUCCUGCACCUUUAUAUAUCUUAAUUCACUGACAUACUAAGACAACACAUGCAUUAUCUUGUUUUCCUGUUUUCCUGCACGUAUGUAAGUCUUUGCUCACUGAUUCAGAGCACACAUGCAUUAUCUUACAUUUUCUUGUUUUCCUGCACCACUGUACGUCUAAAUUCACCAAUACGUCAAGAUCAGCACAAGGAUCUCUUAUUUCAAGCACCAAGGGCAUUACAGAAUACGUGAAGUCCAGCCUCUCCCUCCUGUAGCAUGGUGGGCUGUUGUGGUGUUUCAGAUGUCAGGUUUUUUCAUGAGGGACGCUGGCUUGGGGCAACAAAAGGCUGUGGAAGGAAGGCCUGUUGAAGAUGCCAGUCCCCAGUGUGUAGUUAGGUGCUGAAAUAAGCUAAGGUGGUGUUUUGAAUGUAAGAGUGGAAUUGGCAAUGAAACGGCAAUUAAAAUAAGACCUAGUGAAGGUGUCAGUACCCAAAGAAUGUAAAGAAUGUAGUCAGGAGGUACAGAAAUUAAAUACAGUGGUGUUUUGAAUGUAGCUGGUAAGUUGGUUUUGUAAGGGGACGCUGGACUGACUAGAGUGACAAAAAAAGAAUGAAGAAGAGGUCUACUGAAGGUCCUAGUCUGCAAAUGUAGUCAGGAGGUACAGAAAUUACAUAUAGUGGUGUUUUGAAUGUAGCCAGUAAGUUAGGUUUGUAAGUUGACGCUGGGCUAGAGUGACAAAUGAAGAGGUUUACUGAAGGCCCUAGUCUGCAAAUAAUUUAUCUAUUUCAACCCUUUCACUGCUUGUUAAUCUUUCCAAUAAUCACGUACCACUUUUAAACGACUAAAUUUUGUACUAGUCUCUAAAAUUGGUGGUUCUGUAAGGCUUAACCUCCUUCAUUCUCUCUCUUUACACCCAUACAAGCAAUUAUCGCACUGAUCUUAUGUUAAAAGGUGAACAGAGCAGUAAAUAGGACCAUUGCAUUACUGGGAGAGAGUCUUUAGAGAAUUGAUAAGCUUCACACCAAAGCAAGGCAACACAUGGCUAGUCAGGGAGAGAAACCCAAGAUGAAGGGUGGCACAUGUGUGUGUGUGUGUGUGUGUUGCCAUUCUUUAGGUGUGUAUAAAUAGAACACUCUACUAGUUCUUUCUCUGUUCUAGACUAGUAGUUGUAGUGUAGGCAGUCUGCACUUUGUUAUUGUUAUUGAUGAGACAUUGACAGACUAGGGCUUGAGGUCAAGAGAGAGAGAGAGAGAGAGAGAGAGGUGUUAUGAGGUGACUAUUCCAGACUAGUAGUGAUGUAGUGUAGCAAACAUGCACUUCAUUAUUAUUAUUAUUACCACUGAAACAUUUGGACAAGUUAAGAACGAAGGUUGAGAGAGAGAAAGUGUGAUGAGGCAAGGUUAUUCCAGUCUCGUAGUGAUAUAGUGUAGGAAACCCAAACUUCAUUAUUAUUAUUAUUAUUAUUAGUGAUGAUAUUAUUGUGUUAUGAGGCAUACAGCAACACUGCAUUUCUUUUUGUGUGUUACGAGAUGUACAGUGUCUAUAAUUCUGUGUGUGUUAUGAGGAAUGCAGCUGUACAAUACAGUUUUGUUUUGAGGUGUUCAUCUUCAUAAUUGUGUUUUUCUUUGUUAAUAGAUAAAGCAAUAAUUUGGGAAUGAUGCAAAUUAAAGUGAAACGAAUUACUUUGAUGUGUAUUUAUGUUACGUUAUGAUGUCUUCCCAUUGAUGUAGUGACACCAGCAGCAGUGCUUGUUAGAAUGCUUGACAAAGAAGCUGAACAAGUGUUUAUUGAUGGAAAGAAAAAUCUCAAAUGUACAAGUUAAAAAAAAAUGUACAUUGUUAGAAAAAAAAUUGAACAAAUGUCUGUCAAUGAUUCAAAACCUAAAAAAAAAAAAAAAAAAAACUCUUUCUAUAAGUUUUGCAAAUUUAAUUAAAAAAGACACUGGCUCAUAUUCUUGUAUAGAUGACGAUAGAUAAGCGAGAUAGAACAACCCAACUGACACAAGUAGAAGAAAUUACUGUUGGGUAGAUAAGGUAAAGUUAUUUAUCAGUGACAAGAAUGACACAAGCCAAAUCUUAUAAGGAAUUACUGUUAGCCAGAUGAGGUACAACUGUUCAUGAGUUAGGAGAGGGAAGACUGCAUUACCGACCCUCAGUGACUCAGAUAGCAGGAAUUACUGUGUUAAAUGAAUUGCAGUCCUUUGGUAGGCGAGGUAAUGAGUGCAUAUCAGUGUCCAGAUUGAGAGCUAUGUGUUAUUUAGACUUGUUAUAGGCAUCCCAAGCACUACUUCUUUGUUACUUUUAGCCAUGCACCAUCACCACCACCACCACCACCACCACUACUACUACUAUUACUACUACUACUACUACUACUAUGUACCAUGCUGAGUUAUGUGUAAAAGAGGAAUUUGCCAAUUUAUUAAGAAAGAAAGGGAAAAAUGUAAUAAGUCAACUGUG